AUGAAACCGAGGUUAUGGAUUUUCUUGUUUUUGGUAAGACAAUAAUAAAAUAAAUCGUGACUCUUUUCAGAUAAUACAAAUAUCAGCAGACUCAAGUGAUGAGAGCAGGUAAGAUGACUCCCUGUUACACUUUCUUGCCUUCGAUUACGCUAGUUUUUAUGUUUUUAGUGAAGAAAAUGAGUUUGCUGAUUCCAAUUACAAGGGAGACUCCAUUCCGACAUCUUUUAUUGACAAUGCUUUCAAUAAUCGCCGUACGUUUCAAUGCCAGCUUAUUAAGAACGCGUUGAAAUCUGGAGAUUCUGGCGCCAACAUCUCCCCAGAGGACAUAAGUAUCGUGGCGGCAAUGGGAGAUGCGUUAUCAACGGGUGUUGGGUUGUGGUCAGGCAGUGAAAUUGAAUUCAGAGGAGCUGCUUUUACUGUGGGAGGGGAUGCCACGAUAGAUGGACUGGUUACACUUCCAAGUAAGACAAAGGAUGUACCAGAUGAACAAGAUAACCAUUAACGAUGACUUCAGAUAUCCUCCAACAAUUCAGCCCUGAUCUUGAAGGGAUGUCCCAUGGGAUGGGGGCCGUAGAUCAGCUUCCGUAUAACCAAUUUAACGUAGCCAGAACUGGAGCUGAAACCGAUCACAUGGAUUCUCAGGCUGCAGAUCUUGUAGAAAGAAUUCGACAGAAAUAUACAGACAUAGAAGAGAGAUGGGUUCUGGUGUUCAUAACAGUGGGCACAGAAGAAAUGUGUGCCAAAUGUGAUAUGCCUAACAUGGAUAAGCUCAGGAAGGCCAUAAUUAUAUUAAAGAGAGCUCUCCCCAAGGUCCUUGUGGUCCUGGUUGGCCCUGUUCACGUCGCCAGAUCAUCUCAUCUCAAUUACAAUCUAUUAAAGCAAGUGUCAUAUUAGCUGGAGAGAAUAUUAGCUAUUAAAAUUGCUUUUAGAACUUUAUCUCAGAGGUUCUUUUUCAGACCCCGCUGUAAAUGUCUGGAGCCUCUGACUAACGGGCAAUUACGGCAAUUACAACAGAAAUGGGCGGAAGAAUUUCUGAGAUUGGAGGCCGAGUUUACAAUCAGAAACUACACCACCUUUACUCUACUAACCUUGCCAGAUUUGAAAAUCGAAUCCAGAAAGCCAGAGCAAUUAUUUGUUCCCGGAAAACCGCUUUUAAACAGGUAACUCCAAACUUUAACAUUGAUUUCGUUGUUAACACACAUAUUACUUUAGAAAAGGGCAUACCUAUGCCGCGAAAUGGCUCUGGAAUCGAAUGAUUGCGGGUCCCAAAUACAACGCCUCUGUGAUUCCGUUGUCUGAAGAUUCUUAUUACUGUCCCCCUGUAGUAUGUUCUGUCUUAAAUUUUGUUAUAUUGUUCCCAGGGAUGUCCAUAUUUCCGUACACCAGCCAAUUUUGCGAACUGCACCAUUAUGACCUUGGAUGAAUUCAAUCGUCGUCAAGACGAGAAGCGUACAACCCCGACCUUGAUUCUGACUGGGGUCGACGACAGAAGGCGGAGCAUUCGGGAACAUGUUGUUCUUUACGUCAUCGGGCCUGUUCUCCUUUCUGGAGCCACUGUUGUUAUUUUGGGGACCGUUUUUUAUUGUCAUGGGAUGAAACAGACGAAAGGAAGGUUCGAAAAUGCACCUGGAGUCUGA